UCGAACCAGAGCCCGUCCUAUUAGACAUUCUCUGGUCGAACUCGCCUAUUGAAUAUGUUCCGACUUUUAUUUUGAAGGAUUCGCGAAUGGCGGCCAUAUUGGAAUUUUCUUUACUGUCGCUAUAGUGGACCUAGCCUACGUUUUUGUUGUUGUUAAUUUGAGAUCUGCGUAGAGCCACCAAUUCAUGUUGCCAUGCUUGGUAACUUUGCAAGCGCGAUGCAAAGAUCGGAUGGUCUUCUCCUCGUGCCUCCAACGCUUAUUGUCUCAGACUACGGAGGUCACCCCCGUUCAUCCUUGAUGGAUGAGAUCCAUCAACAUCUGGGUAUGAGUCACAAACAAGCCUGCAUCAACCUGGAAAAGGCCACUCAAUUCAUCACACAAGCAUUUCAGCAUGAAGUAGGUAGAAACCAGGAGCUCAGCAUGUUGAUUGGCCGUCUGGAGGAGAGGGAGGCGGAGUCUGAGAAGAGCCUGACGGAGCAUGUGCAGUCAAACCGACAGCUGACGCUGAAGAUUGAAGAACUACAGAAACUCCUAGAGGAAAAAGACAACUCACUCACACAAGCCAAUCAGACUGUGGCUCUUCUGAAGAAUGAACUAAGGGAUGUUCAACAGUUUGAAAGCCAGCAGAGUAAUCAUAGGCCAGUUCAGGAAGUAAAGGAAUGGCUGCAGGGCGGGUAG